GUAACUUGUGGAAUCUCCCUGUUGUCCAGCUUCACCGCGUCUUCUCGCUUGUUUACUCUCAAACUCUCACUCACUCUCACUUACUCACCUGUAUACCUAGACGCUGACGCUGACGCCAACGCUCGCUUUUUCGUGAUUACUGCAUCGUAGUCGUCGUCUGGUAGCGGGCUAAUCGAUAGAGUACCACGGAUAGCAAGGCUUCCCCACCCGCUGCACCCCGCAAGCCUUGCCCUUGCCCUUGCGCGUGUCUGCGUCUGCGUCUUUGCAGCCUGCCAGCACAUCGACGGGGAAUCCUACGAGAAAUCCUGCACUGACUGCACCGCGACGUUUCCCCCCGACCGCUCUUCCGUAUCUUCAACCACAACUACCACCGCAAACCACCACCACGGCCAUGGUUACCCAGCGCCGCUACUCCGUCACGGGCCAGACUCCGCCCGACGACGCCGAGGCCAUGAAAGCGCGCUCCCCGAAGCUCCAGCCGCUCGACACCAGCGUGCAGACGACGAGCUGCGUGCUGUGCGAGGGUGGGCCCGACAGCGACGACAGCGGUGCAGAGCAGGCGCGUGGGCGCAAGAUCAACAUGGCCGUGGCACGCGUCUUGGAGCCUGCUCGACGCCGCCCGUCCUCGCGCUCACGGCACUCGUGCAAGCGCUCCGCCACACAGCUGCCCUCGCCCUCGUCGCCGUCCCGCGAGAUGCCGCCCAAGAUGGCGCGCUUCAACAGCUUGGCUUAUGUCGACGACGCCGCCAUGGACUCCGACUCCGACUCGGAUGUCUCGGAUGCCACGGAUGUGUUGCGUGAGCUGGAUGACGUGGAUGUGGAUGCGGGCUUCGAGAGCCAGCCGACGUCGCUCCCCUCGACGCCCGACUACUGGCUGCCGUCGAGCGCGUUGAGCCUGCCCGACGCGCCGAGCCUGGAGCAGCUGCAGCUGUGCGCUGCGGAAGGCGAUGACGACGAUGCGGACGAAUGCAUGGAAGCCGAGGACUACGCCCUAUCCAUCUCGCACUCGCGCAACCACAGCCUGGACAACGUGCGUCGGGACGAGAAAGCAGUGCUGCAGCAGCACUGGGCUGUCUUCCAGCAGUCGCUCGCCCUGCACGAGUCCAAAGCCAUCCACCUCGAGCGCGUCGACGACGACACACCACCGCCGCUCCCCAACACGCACCACAUCCCCCCCACCACCUUCCUCACCCUCCCCCCCGAAAUCAGACACAACAUCUACCGCCACUGCGCCAAGCUCGUCGUCGACCGCCCCCUCGUCUACUGCGUAUCCACCUUCACAGCCGAAAUGCAGCACCCACUCGCCUCCGUCUCACGCCUCGUCCGCGCCGAAACCCUCGCAAUCUUCUACAGCCACAACACCUGGACCAUCAAAGUCGAGUUCAAAAUCAUGUACGAAGCUUUCCAGGACUGGAUCAUCCGCCUCGGCUCCGGCGCAGGCCAGCUGCGUAUCCUCACCCUCUCCGUUCGCGGCACGCUGUUCCGCCCCCGAAAAACUCACCCCGCUACGCUGAAUUUGCAUCAAGGACAUGGGCAACUACCGAUUAUACCUGCACCGAGAGAAGACGCAUACUGUCCCCCCGACGGAGAUGCAAGUUUUAGCAUCGACUUGAGCGAAAAGUUCUCGGGCGGUCGCGUCCGCAUCGUGCGUAAUGACGGGACAAAAGACGCUGGUGAGUCGGCGUUGCUUGCGCUCUCCAAGCUCGUGGAGGGGUUGUGGGAGAAGCGCCGCGCUGGGACGUUGCAUGGGCAGGACUGGGUCGACGCUGUGGAUCGCUUUUUGACGCAUGUUGGGGGGUGGGCGGCCAUGUAGCGCCUACUUUACAUGUGGAUGAUGGUGACGAGGAUGAGGUAUGUCUAG